AUGGCGACCACCUCACCCACAGCCGCUGUGGUGACAGCCACCGUGGUGACAACAGCAGCUGCCAUGGACUUGCGUGACUGGCUGUUCCUCUGCUAUGGCCUGGUUGCCUUCCUGAGCGAAGUGAUUGACAGCACUACCUGCCCAUCUGUUUGCCGCUGCGACAACGGCUUCAUUUAUUGCAAUGACCGGGGCCUGACCUCCAUCCCAGCUGACAUCCCGGAUGAUGCCACCACCCUAUACCUGCAGAACAAUCAGAUCAACAAUGCCGGCAUCCCCUCCACCUUGAAGAAAAAGCUAAAUGUUCAGGUUGUACAACCGGGGGACUUUAUUUUUGGAAAGAGGGUGGCUGAUCUUCAUUAAUGAGCUGAGGCUGAAUGUGGCUUGACCCAACUUUUUCUCCCCUUUAGAAUUCUUAAAUAGUAGCUGUAGAAAUCUUUGGUUUAUGAAACUUACGUUGAUGGACAUUUUCCCCCUCCCCAAGGAUUAACCUGAUAAUGUUUUGCUCAGACUUUGGUGUCUUGAACUACAGUCUUGUGGACACUCUAAUACAGGCUUUCCCAAAAUGUUGCUCUCUGGAUGUGGCUGGACCAAACUCGCAUCAGCCGCAGCCAGCAUGGCCAGUUGCCAGGGUUGAUGGGAGUCCAAAAAUAAGUGGAGGACACCUGGUUGGGGAAGGCUGUCUUAGUGUGACUUGCCAUCAUGGUGACUUCCCAUUGCAUCCCAAUUCUUUCAAAUUACCAAUUUGCAGAAGUUUUCAGGACGUGGUGUUUCAGAACUUGUGAAUAUUCACAAGACCAGUUCAACAUGCCAAAAUUGCCAGGUAAACGCGACAGUAUCAGAAGCUGCCUUAUCUGAGAUUAGACCUCACCCACUAUUGCCUGCUCUGACUGGCAACAGCUCUCCAGGGUCUGAGAAGGAAGAGUCUUUUGCAUCAACUGCUACCUGAGCAUUUGAAUAGGAGAUGCCAGGGAUUGAAACUGAGAUCCCCCCAGCACACACUGGGCUAUGACCCCUCAUCAGCUCACACUGAAUUAAUGUUUGUGCUUGUUUUGCCAUAAAUGUACAGUGCAUGGGAAGGGGGCUGUAGCUCAGUGGUAGAGCAUCUGCUUUGCAUGCAGAAGGUCCCAUGUUCAAUCCACAGUGGAAUCUCUAGUAGGGCUAGGAGAGACUCCUGUCUCCAACCCUCAUCAGCAGCUGCCAGUCAAUAUAGACAAUAUUGCACUUGGUGGGCCAAUGAUCUGACGUCAUAAAAGGCAGCUUCCUAUGUUCCGAAAGGUGAGGCCCAGCCCAUGAAAUAUUAAUAGCAGACUUAUAGAUGCCUGCUGAAAAUGUUUGUGUUUUGACUGGCCUAUCCCGAAGUGAUUUGAUUGCAUCUGUUUUUAAAUUUUAUUGUUUUUAAUUAUUUUUAAAUGUUGUUUUUUUUUUUAAAUGGCUCUGGUUCAAUGUUUUUCAUCUUCAGCUAAAAGGAUAUCAAGGAGCGGAGGCCAAUAAAUACCUCUAAUUUGUCCAAGGCCUUAAAGUGCCACGGCUAAUGGGAAUACACCAGAAUUGGGAGUUGUUGGACUCCCAUCAGCCCCAGCCAAAAUGGUUAGGGUUGAUGGCAGUUGUAUUUCAGCAAUAUCAGGAAGGUCACAGGUUCCCCGCUCCUAAACUAUGUAAUGUUGGGCUAGAUGCACCAGUGGUCUGACCCCAUGAAAGGUUCCCACAGUGCCCAAGUGGUCCUUAGACUUUGGAGAUAAUGUUUGAGGCUAGAAAUUAAACUUUUUCCUUUUCUUUUUUAUUUUGAGUAGAUACACCCAAAUGCAUGUUGGAAUUCAAAAUAUGUCCACAUUUUAGAUUCCAUGUGGAUUUUUGGUUUUGAGAAGGGUUCUGGGGUAUGUUUAGCACCAUACUUUGAUUUUUAGCACAGGGUUGGAAUUUACACACUAGCUUUGAAGCUCAAGUUCCUUUGCCUGUUUAAUGCCAAGUCCUGUUUUUUAAAAAAUGUAAUAAUUUAAACACCUUUUCCUUGUGGUAAGUUCAUGAUUUCUAGGCUGAUGACAGGCAUUUUAAUAUGGACUAACUGGAACCCAAAUUGCUCAGGUUUGAGGAACUGUUAAAUGCAGCUUUUAAAAAAAUCAAAAACAUGCACACCAUUUCCAUUCUCUACUUCUGCCCUGUUGAAUUUCCUCUUAAUUCAAUUCCCAUCAGGUCAUCUACCUCUAUGAAAAUGACCUGGAUGAGUUCCCCAUCAAUCUGCCCCGUUCGUUGCGGGAACUUCACCUCCAGGACAACAACGUCCGAACCAUCGCCCGAGACUCCCUGGCACGCAUCCCUCUCCUGGAGAAGCUGCACCUGGACGACAACUCCGUCUCCACUGUCAGCAUCGAAGACGAUGCCUUUGCGGACAGCACACGCCUGAAGUUGCUCUUCCUCUCUCGCAACCACCUCAGCAGCAUCCCCUCUGGCCUGCCCCGCACCCUGGAGGAACUGAGGCUGGACGACAACCGCAUAUCCACCAUCCCCCUCCAUGCCUUCAAGGGGCUGAUCAGCUUGCGGCGCCUGGUGCUAGAUGGCAACCUCUUGGCCAACCAGCGCAUUGCAGACGACACCUUCAGCCGCCUACAGAACCUCAGCGAGCUCUCGCUGGUGCGCAACUCUCUGGCAGCCCCACCUCUUAACCUGCCCAGCGCUCAUCUGCAAAAGCUGUACCUCCAAGACAAUGCCAUCAGCCACAUCCCCUACAACACCCUUUCCAAGAUGAGGGAACUGGAGAAGCUGGACCUGUCCAACAACAACCUGACCACUCUGCCCAAGGGUCUCUUUGAUGACCUUGACAGUCUCUCUCAGCUCCUGCUGAGGAACAACCCCUGGUACUGUGGCUGUAACCUCAUGUGGUUGAGGGACUGGGUCAAGGCCCGGGCUGCUGUGGUGAAUGUGAGAGGGCUGAUGUGCCAAGGCCCCGAUAAGGUCAGAGGGAUGGCCAUCAAGGACAUCACCAAUGAGAUGGAUGAGUGCUUUGACGUUGGCCCGCAGAGCAAUUCAGGAGUGGUGGUGGCAGCCAAGACGACUGCCAGCAAUGCUGCUGUCACAACCCCGCAGGGCUCCCUUUUCACCCUCAAGGCCAAGAGGCCUGGCAUCCAACUGCCAGAUUCCAAUGUUGACUACCCAAUGGCCACCGGGGCUGGAGCCAAAGCACUGAUUCUGAACGUCAAGCCGCUAACCGCUGACAGCAUCCGCAUCAGCUGGAAGGCAAUGCUCCCGGCAGCCUCUUUCCGCCUGAGCUGGUUGCGCCUGGGCCACAGCCCAGCCGUGGGCUCCAUCACAGAGACCCUGGUACAAGGUGACAAGACAGAGUACUUGCUGACAGCCCUGGAGCCCAAGUCCACCUAUAUCAUCUGCAUGGUCACCAUGGAGACGGGCAGCACCUAUGUGCCUGAUGAGACCCCAGUGUGUGCCAAGGCCGAGACGGCAGACAUGUACAGCCCCACCACCACCCUCAACCAUGAGCAAAACAUGGACCCAAUGGCCGGGCUGCCAUUGGCAGGGAUAAUUGGCGGGGCGGUGUCCUUGGUCUUCCUCUUCCUAGUCUUGGCCGCCAUCUGCUGGUAUGUCCACCGGACGGGAGAGCUGCUGACACGGGAGCGAGGCAGUCGGAAGAAAGAUGACUAUGUGGAAUCGGGCACCAAGAAGGACAACUCCAUCCUGGAAAUCAGAGGCCCCGGGUUGCAGAUGCUUCCAAUCAACCCGCACCGGGCAAAGGAGGAGUACGUCAUCCAUACCAUAUUCCCAUCCAAUGGAACCAGUCUUUACAAAAGCACCCACACCAUCGGCUACGGCACAACCCGUGGGUACAGAGACGGUGGAAUUCCAGACAUAGACUACUCGUAUACAUGA